UGGAUGAUACGUACGUAGAGUGUAUAGGGUCUGGGCUUAUUUCUCACUUUCAGUUCCCAUUUGUAUGGUGAAGUCAGAGCUCAGGGACGUUGCGUGUUUCUCUGUGAAGCAAUAAGAAAAAGUUAAUAUUCAUCAUAAGCUUAAAGAACCAAGAGUCUCAUGCUGCCUUGUUUACAUGAUGGAUAGCUAUGUCAUAUCGUCAGCCUCAGAGGCAAUCACACCGAAUGAACCAGAAGAUUAUCGACCACCUGCAGAGCUAUAUCCCUACCUCACCAAUGUGGGGGAGAUGUAUGAAGACCAUAGAUGGACCUUCCACUCUGAGCGUGUCCAGCCAACGGACUUUGAGAAUUCUCCAUUGAAUCCCCUCACAGAGCUUCAGCCUGUGUCUCCGCAACAACUGAUACAACCCUACCGCUACAGCAGCGAGUCUCUGCCCCUUCACCUGGACCCACCACUCGGACCUCUCUCUGUGUCACCACAAAUCCCAUAUUACACCCCAACUCUGUGCUACCAAUACCAACCCUCUGCCUCGCCUGGCCAUUACUACUCAGAAGGGGAACAAAGAGGAAUCAGUCCCCCGCUCGAGGUAUCAGAUGGGGAGGAUGAAUUUGAAGACCACAACAACUCCUCCUUCAGGAAAGACACUAACAACAAGAAGAAAAUCCGCUUGUACCAGUUCCUCCUGGACUUGCUAAGAAACGGUGACAUGAGUGACAGUAUCUGGUGGGUGGACCAGGACAAGGGCAUCUUCCAGUUCUCCACAAAACACAAAGAAGUUCUGGCCAGCCACUGGGGUAUUCAGAAAGGAAACCGCAAAAAAAUGACCUACCAAAAAAUGGCUCGAGCUCUGAGGAACUAUGGUAAAACUGGAGAGAUUAUAAAAGUAAAGAAGAAGCUAACCUACCAGUUCAGUGAGUUAGUGCUGAGGAACCUCUACUUACGUCAGCAUCCUCACUGAUGAGGGAACAAAGGUUGUCUUUCAUAAUGCUGAAAUCACUAAACUAGCAAAGAUUGUGUUUUACCUGUUUGCAAUUUCACUUAGUUUUUCCACCAAGUUUUCUUACCUAUUUAUUUGUGAUGCCAGUGUACAUCCUCUACGGCAUGUGCUUCCAUAAACUGCUUCAUUUCAUACUCAAAUUAUGUUUGUAUGUUUAUGUCUGUGCAAGGAUUAAAGGCCGAUUAAAGAUCAGGGACUAUAAAAAAGAAUGAUUUUACAUUA